AUGUGCAUCUUCUCAGCGUGUGGUCAGAUUGUAUUCGGUGUUGUGAUGGUUGCUUGCCUUAUCCUGACAGCUAUUCCCACAUUUAAUGGACAGAUGUUCACAUGGAGUUGUCUCAAGGAUAUCAAACAUUGUGAUGUACUUCCAACGGAAAAAACUGGUUACAUGAAAACGUACGCGACAUUUAUGUGCUUAGCGCUUGCAUUCGAAGUAAUCGCAAUCAUCUGGAAUCUGAUUGCAUUCUGUGCUUGCUGUUGCAAACGAUUCCUUAUUCAUCCACUAUCUAUUCUUUCUCUCAUUACAACAAUAAUGCUUCUUAUUGCCACAAUUGUAUACGGUGUUAACAACAAAGGGAAACUCGGAAAGUUCGGCGAUGAAAUCCACCACAAGGACGCUUACGGCUACUCAUUUUGGUUAACAGUUUGUGCUCUGGUGUUGGCUGCUGUUGAUACCGUUAUCGCAAGCAUAACCGUGUGUCUAGGAAAAAAUUGUCUAUAG